UGGGUCACGUUCUUGGGCGCGGGGACUUUCCAGAAAAUUGGCCCCAUGGUAAUUUCCUACACUCAUAGGUCAUGUUUGCUCCCCGAUAAACCUACAAACUGACCGUACAAAAUGGUAGACAAGACAGCACCUGGUUCAGCACUUCGUCUGGAAUGGGUGUACGGAUACAGGGGCCAUCAGUGCCGUAAUAACCUGUAUUACACGGCGUCCAAAGAUGUGGUGUAUUUUGUUGCGGGCGUCGGUGUAGUGUACAACGUCAGGGAGCACUCACAGAAGUUCUUCCUGGGGCACGACGAUGACAUCGUUAGUCUUGCUCUGCACCCUGAGAAGACACUGGUAGCCACCGGUCAAGUUGGCAAGGAACCCUACAUCUGUGUAUGGGAUUCCUACAAUGUGGAGACUGUCUCCAUACUCAAGGAUGCUCAUACGCACGGAAUUGCAGUGCUUGGGUUCAGCAAGGAUGGAUCGCAACUUGUUUCAGUUGGUAUGGAUACCAGCAACAUCAUCAAUGUCUGGGACUGGAAAAAAGGCCGGGUUCUUGCUACGGUCAAAGGUCACUCUGACAGGAUUUUUGACUGCCAGUUCAGCCCUUACAAGGAACACAGCAUCGUCAGUUGCGGAGUCAAGCACAUCAAGUUCUGGUCGCUCAGUGGUAACACGCUGAGUGCCAAGAAGGGCAUCUUUGGCAAGGCAGGGGAGAUACAGACAAUGCUAUGCCUGGCGUUUGGUCCUAACGACACCACGUACUCGGGAACACUCAGCGGCGACGUCUACGUGUGGGGGGGGAACAACCUACAGAGAGUGAUUCAGAAUGCUCAUGGAUCUGGUAUCUAUACUAUUGACGCCUGUGACGAGGGCUUUGCAACUGGCAGUCGAGACAGCUGCGUCAGGUUGUGGGACACAGACUUCAAGCCUGUCACUAAGGUCAACUUAGCAGAGUCCAAAGAAGGCUAUCCAGGUCUCACAGUGAGAAGUGUUCACUGGCGUGGGGACCGUGUUCUCGUCGGCACACAAGACAGUGAAGUCAUGGAGAUCUUUCUGCGUGAGAGGGACAAGCCGAGAAUCUUAGUUCAAGGGCACGCAGAAGGAGAACUCUGGGCCUUAGCUGUUCACCCCAAGAGGCCAUUCAUCGCCACCGGCAGUGACGACACCAGUGUGAGGAUUUGGAACACUGAGGAAAAGAAAUUGGUCAUCCAUACCAAGAUGGAGAAUAGCGUACGUUCUGUGGCAUUCAACAGCGACGGAUCAGCAUUGGCUACUGGCAUGUCAAAUGGGUCAUUCACAGUCCUCAAGACAAAAGAUUUAGCAGAGGUCAUUCACAUCAAAGAUCGCAAGGAGGUUAUACACGAGAUGAAAUACUCGCCCGAUGGCAACUAUCUAGCCGUGGGCUCCAAUGAUAACUACGUAGACAUCUACGCAGUCACACAGCGCUACAAGAAGGUUGGCCAGUGCUCAGGAAGCAGUAGUUUUAUCACUCAUUUGGAUUGGUCAGAGGACAGCAAGUACUUGCAGACCAAUAGUGGAGCUGCUGAGAGACUGUUCUUCAGAAUGCCGGCUGGGAAGCAAGUGACUCAACGUGACGAAGUGCGUUCUAUCCGAUGGGCAACCUGGACCAGUGUUCUAGGUCCUGAAGCCAGCGGCAUCUGGCCCAAGUAUUCAGACACUAAUGACGUCAAUGCCGUGGAUGCUAACUUUGGCAGUGAGGUGAUGGUGACUGGAGAUGACUUUGGUCUGGUCAAGAUGUUCAGGUUUCCUUCACUCAAGAAAGGGGCUAAAUUCCGGAAGUACGUUGGCCACUCAGCCCAUGUGACCAACGUACGUUUCUCCCACGACCACCGGCAUGUAAUCUCAACAGGUGGUGGAGACCAUGCAGUGUUCCAGUGGCGGUUUAUCCCUGAAGGGGUCAAUGCACAGGACGAGGCUGGAGACACUGGCCAUGACACAGGGUACCUGGAUUCUAACAGCGAGGAGAGUGAUUCAGACUUAUCAGAUGUCGCGGAGCUCGACUCAGACAUUGAAAAGGAGAAGGAAAUUGAUUACGACCGGCCAGUCUACAAGGAAGAUCUGACUCGACUCAAGAGGCAGAAGAAAGAGGAUAAUGCAGGCCAGAAGCGUCAGAAGGCUCCCAGGGAGGGAAUCAGACUGGAAUUCAUUCAUGGGUAUCGUGGUUACGACUGUAGGAACAAUCUUUUCUACACGCAAGCAGGCGAGGUGGUGUACCAUGUGGCUGCAGCUGGGAUAGUGUACAACCGAGACACGCAUACCCAGAGAUUCUACCUGGAACACACCGAUGAUAUCCUGUGCCUAUGUAUUCAUCCCCUCAAAGAUGUUGUAGCAACGGGCCAGGUUGGUCGAGAUCCCUCUAUUCAUAUUUGGGAAGCUGAGACAACCAAGUCACUAGCCAUCCUGAAAGGCCAACACAUGAGGGGUGUUUGUGCAGUGGACUUCUCUGGUGAUGGUAAGAAACUGGCCAGUGUGGGUCUUGACGACAAUCAUUGCAUCAUUGUGUGGGACUGGCGGAAGGGAGAGAAACUAGCCACAACCAGAGGGCAUAAGGACAAGAUCUUUGUCAUCAAAUGGAACCCUCAUAACCUAGACAAGUUGGUGACGGUCGGCAUGAAACACAUCAAGUUCUGGAACCAAACAGGUGGGGGUUUUACCUCCAAACGGGGCACUUUUGGUAACGUUGGCAAGCCGGACACCAUGAUGUGUGUGACUUACAGCCGCUCGCCAGAAAUGACCUACUCAGGGGGUGCGUCAGGGAACAUCUAUGUCUGGCAAGAUGUGACUCUAAUCAGAACCGUUAGUGCUCACCAAGGCCCCUGCUUUGCCAUGCAUUCACUGGACAAGGGUUUUGUAACAGGAGGCAAGGAUGGUGUCGUAUCCCUCUGGGAUGAGGCCAUUGAACGCUGCCUCAAGUCCUAUCCCAUCCGAAGGACCAGCUUGGCGCAGGGGACCAGGGGUGUUCUAUUGGAUGACAACCCGUCCAUCCGUUCGGUCAUUCUGGGCCAUGGCCACAUCUUGGUGGGGACCAAGAAUGGUGAGGUUUUGGAGAUUGAGAAGAGUGGUCCAGUCAGGAUACUUGUACAGGGACACAUGGAAACAGAGAUCUGGGGUCUGGCAACCCACCCCUCCAAAAGCAUCUGUUCCACAGUCAGCGAUGAUGAGACUGUCAGGGUAUGGGACCUGGGACCCGACCACAGGAUGCUGAAUGUAAGGAGAUUGAAGGGAGGAGCCAGAUGUUGCGAUUUCUCACCCGAUGGCAAGGCGCUUGCAAUUGGAUUUAAAGACGGUAGUUUCUCUGUUGUAAACAGCGAUACUUUGGAUGACAUUGCUGGAUUCCAUCACAGAAAGGAAGAAAUAUCUGAUAUCAAAUUUUCACCAAAUUCUGGCAAGUAUCUUGCUGUAGCUUCUCAUGAAAACUACGUCGACAUCUAUAGUAUCCUUAAUACCAAGCGAGUUGGCACCUGUAAAGGUUCCUCCAGUUACGUCACGCAUACAGAUUGGGACAAGAACGGCAAGCUGAUCAUGAUGAACUCUGGAGCCAAGGAGCAGCUGUUCUUUGAGGCUCCGCGGGGCAAGCGCCAGGCUCUUCGUAAUGCGCAGAUCGAGUCGCAGGGUUGGGCCACAUGGACCUGUGUCCUGGGUCACACCUGCACGGGAAUCUGGCCGUCCAAGAGUGACGUGACCGACAUCAAUGCCUCGUCCCUAUCACAUGACAGGAGCAUUCUGGCCACGGGGGAUGACUUUGGCUAUGUGAAACUGUUCCACUGGCCAGCAUCAGGCAAGAAUGCCAAGUUCAAGAAGUACGUUGGUCACAGUGCCCAUGUGACUAAUGUCAGAUGGACCCAUGAUGACAAAGCCUUAGUGUCAGUAGGUGGAGCUGAUACCGCUCUCAUGGUGUGGUCACAUGAUAUGCCGGGUACCAGGGACAAUAUCCAUGGAGAAAGCGACGACUCAGACACAGACUCAGAAGAAGACGGAUAUGAUAGUGAUGUGCAGAGGGAGACUACCAUGGAUUACGCCUCUAAGACUUACACCAACCCCCUCAGGGAGAAAACUGGAAUCAAACCAGACCAACAAACUCCAGAGGAAGAUGACACGCCUAGUGUGAGCAGAGGUGCCUCCAAGCCACCAAAGGUCAAGAAAGCAGAUGUGGAUACCGGCAAAAAGAAACGACCAUCCAGAAUAGAAGAUCUUUCCUUAGAGCAUAUCCACGGCUAUCGGGGCUUUGAUUGCCGAAAUAACCUCUUGUACCUCAAUGAUGGAGCAGACAUUAUCUAUCAUGCUGCCGGAGCCUGCAUUAUACAAAAUCUGGCAACAGGUACCCAGAGUUUCUAUCUAGAGCACACUGAUGACAUCAUCUGCUUGACGGUCAACCAGCAUCCCAAGUUUAAGAAUGUGGUGGCCAGUGGUCAAAUCGGAGCUACACCAGCGGUCAAUGUCUGGGAUGCCACCACUAAGCAGACACUGUCUAUCAUCAAAGGAUUCCAUACCAAGGGUGUAUGUUCGGUCAACUUCAGUGCUACAGGGAAGCUGUUGCUGACUGUAGGCAUUGAUGAUAACCACUCUGUGGCUGUCUGGAGGUGGCAACAAGGCACUAAAGUAGCAGGCACCAUUGGUCAUUCCAAGCGUAUCUUCCUGGGUGAAUUCAGACCCGACUCAGACCAGGAAUUUGUGACGGUCGGUGUCAAGCAUGUCAAAUUCUGGACAGUAGCCGGUGGGGAGCUGAUUGGCAAACGUGGCCUGAUGAACACGGCAGGACAGAACACACAGGAUGUCAAGAUGCAGACUAUGCUAUCUAUUGCAUUUGGAUCUAAUGAAACAACCUUCACAGGUGCAAUGAGUGGUGAUGUUUACGUCUGGAAGAAGAACAUCCUAGCAAGAGUUGUGUCUAGAGCUCAUAAUGAUGCCGUCUUCACGUUGUACACCACGCUGAAGGAUGGCUUGAUUGUGUCAGGUGGCAAAGAGAAGGAAUCAAAGAGUAAGGACAGUGGACCAGUGAAGCUUUGGGACCAGGAAAUGAAGAGAUGUCGAGCUUUCCAGUUGGGCACCGGCAACACCAUUGACGUCAUCAAAUCUGUCUGCCGAUGUAAGGUUUCUCCUACGGAUAAACAGGGCAAGAUUUUGGUAGGCACCAAGGACAGUGAGGUGAUCGAGAUUGGAGAGAAGAACGGCCAGGUAACGAUGCUGGUACAAGGACAUGGAGAAGGGGAAAUCUGGGGCUUAGCUACCCACCCCUCCAAGGAGCUGUUUGCUUCGGCUAGCGAUGAUGGCACCAUCCGAAUCUGGGAUGUACAGAAGAUGGCAAUGACAACCAAAGUCAGUAUGGGUUCGGCGGCACGCUCCAUCACCUACAGUCCUGACGGGGAGACCCUCGCUGUCGGCCUGAAAAAUGGCGAGUUUUGUCUGCUGGCAGUAGGAACCAUGAAGGUGUGGGCCAAGAAACGUGAACGGAACAAGGCCAUCACGGACCUUAGGUUCAGUCCUGAUGCUCAGUACAUUGCCGUGGGCUCUGAGGACGGCUGUGUGGAUUUCUACGAUUUGACUCAAGGUCCCUCCCUGAAUCGUGCAGGUUUCUGCCGAGGUAUUCCAAGCUUUGUGUUCCAGCUGGAUUUUUCGGCAAAUAGCAAAUACAUCCAGGUUGGCACGGGAGCAUAUAAAAGGCUACUGUACGGAGUACCAGGUGGCAAUCCUUUCACUGAUACUGCAGCUAUAGAUAAGAUCACAUGGGCCACAUGGACUAGUGUACUCGGAUCUGAAGUUGUUGGCAUCUGGCCAAGAAGUUCCCAGAAUGCCGAUGUGAACUGUGCUGCAGUGACAGGCAUGGCUAAUGCUCUGGCCACAGGUGACGAUUUCGGAUUCGUCAAGUUGUUCAAAUUUCCUUGUCCUGACAAAUAUGCACCACACAAGAAGUAUGUUGGCCAUUCAGCCCAUGUGACUAAUGUGAGAUUCUCAUACGAUGACCGACACCUUAUCAGUGCAGGCGGGGAGGACUGUUGCUUGUUUGUGUGGAAGUGCACAUGAUGAAUUCCAUUGGUAAGGUUCAAGCAGUCAGUACUUCUCAUCCCAAAAGAAUACCAGUGAUGUAACUACUUUAGAGGUGACUUUGAGGUUACAGCAGCCAUAAGACAUCUUGGAUUCCAAUCUGGCCGCAUUCAAAUGGUUUGCAAUAAGCUACAGGAAUCACAGCCAACUGUGAAAGCUGACUAUGUGCAUUUUUAUAUUUCAUUAACAUUUCCCACUAUUGCCCGGAGUUGGCAAUAUUUUUGUCAGUAUUUAUUAUAAAACCUUGGACAAGGCACAGGCAAUAGACAAUACAAUAGUACUCAAUAUUGUACUUCAAGCUUCUCCACGCAAGUAUACCUUAUAAUACCAACAAGGGUCAUAGUCACGAACACAGAUACAUGUAGGCAAUAGCAGAGAGUGGGAAAUGGUAUGCUUGGUAGCACUGUACCCAAGACACAAGGUUAGGGGUGUGAGAAUUCGGCUUUUUAGCCGAUUUCAGCUUUAUUUUGUUUGGAUGUUGACACUGAUUGUCAGCUUUUUU